AAUAAAUUCGGUUGUACAGUUCUUUCGGAUUUUGAGAAUCCGGCAAAACUACUUUUGUCUAUGGAUUUCAGCAAAAUACAAUAUAAUUUUAUCUAGGUCCUUUCCAAGCAAACAUAUUUCGAUAAAAAAAAAAAAGACUCAUGGGAGGUCUAGGUACACCUCGCCACAUACGAAAGUAGCUCAGCCUUCCUUUUACGAUUUCCUUUUUCUCUCAGGUAUUCUCUGAGGAAUUUCUUCGAAAAGAUUAUGGAUAGUGUAAAUUAGUCGAAGAAUCAAUAGAUUUUGUGGGAUCUUCGCAUACACACAGUGUUGGUGUGGUGUGUGUUGGACAUUAACACUGCCAGUGUCACAUUGUAAUAGAACGUACUCACAGAGACGACAAUGUCAUCAGAUGAGGAUGGAGAAAGCAGAGAAGUGGAGCUGAGUCACAAGCAAAAAUUAGAAAUCGCGAAAUGGUUCCUCAUGAAUUCUCCUCCUGGCGAAAUCCAAUAUGUCGCUAAAGAUGUUAAGGCUGUGUUGAAAGAUGAGAAUGUGUAUGCGGCAGCGGCGGCAGAGGCAUUUCCGUUGUAUAAUAAAUCCCACAUGAUUUGUCUUCAGCUCCCUGACAGAAGCGGUGAUGUGCUGAUAACAUCCUUUAGCGAGAUUAGGGAAGAUGAAUAUCUGGAUCCUAGAACUGCCCAAGUAGCUGUGGUUGAUCAUGCUAAGCAAACUUGUGUAGAAGUUAGACCAGCAAGUGACGAAGAGCUUCCAUCUGCAUAUGUGGAGGAGUAUCGGGCCGCUCUGGAUGCUGAAACUAGCAAGUAUGUGAGUGAAGCGUAUCCAAAGGGUGUUUGUUCAGUUUACGCUACCAGUGGAAAAUAUGUGGAAGAACCAGGAUCUGACUUUGAACUGGUCGUGGUAAUUUUGGCUUCCAGACAUAGCCCUCAAAAUUUCUGCAAUGGAAGUUGGCAGUCAAUAUGGAAUGUUGUAUUUAAGGAUGAGCUGCAUAUCGUCGAACUGCGAGGCAAACUGCAGGUAGGGGCUCAUUAUUUUGAAGAGGGAAAUGUCCAGUUAGACGGGAAACAUGAAUGCAAAGAUUCUACUGUAUUUCAGGUUUGUUACUUCUCCAAGUUCUUGGUCCUCCGCGAUUGGUUUUGACCUUUUGGGUUCAUCACUGAUAUUCUGUUCAUUGGCAGACAUCCUAUUCAAAUCUUUCUGAUACCACCUUCAAGGACCUUCGAAGGAAGCUUCCUGUUACUCGGACGCUAUUCCCGUGGCAUAACACUAUGCAGUUCAACUUAACAAGAGAUAUCUCUAAAGAACUUGGCAUUGGAAAAUAGACCCAGAGUUCGCUCCUAUUAUGCAAAUUUUUUUUUCCGUAUCAUUUUUCUUUUGAAAUAGCUAUGAUGCAAUUUUGAGUUGUGCUUUAAUCCUAUAGAGCCUUGUUCAUAUGUAAAUCCAAAAAUAUUAUUUUAUUCAAAACAUAAUCACAUUUCAAAAAUGUUAUUUUAUUUGAAAAAUAUUCAUACAUUUCAAAUUUAUAUGCAAGCCACUUUUUAAAAUACAUUUCAAGUAGAAAACAAAAACAAAAUCAAAAGA